AUGGCGGAUAGAGGUCUCCCAGACGAAUUGAUAGAGAUGAUUAGAGAGUACCUUGACCCUAAAACCCGAAUGCAUGUUGCUCAGUUCCGUGCCGUCUCUAAAUCAUGGAGAUCUUUUAUUCCUUCAUUCAAUCCACUCAAGCCACCACCUCAAGAUCAUCCUCUAUUGCCCUCCAGAUUUGGAAUACAUCUACCUACAGAGUCUCUUUACACCAUCCAGCGUAGCAUAGUCUAUCAUAUUGCACCUUAUCCUCCUCCUCAUCACAAUGAUGAAAGGAAACAAGGCUGGUUAAUGCGAUUGGAUACAAACCAAAAGUUACUUCCUCUAUUAUCAUGGCGUGAUGGAGGUUUGGAAAACCCAAGGGUGAUGAUUAACUCACUAGACUUUGGCGUACGUGAAGUGGCAAGACCCUAUCUCUUAGCAAGUAACCAAGAUAAGAACUAUCUCAAGCUAGCUGUUUCCUUAUACGUCGAGUUCUUCCCUGCAGUCAUGUUGGUUAGGGAUGGAGUUUUAUACCUCGGAAAGUGGUCUUAUCGUGGUGUUAAAGUUAAACAACGUUGCGUCCAACUCACUCGGGUAAAUCCUGAUGAGGAUGAUGGUAAUGAUCCAUCAUGUGGAAAAAUGAGUAAUUCUGAUAAAUAUGAUGAUGUUAUUUUCUAUAAAGGGAAGUUCUGUGUAGUGUCUCAGUCUGGGAAAGCUGCAGCGAUGGAUUCUUCCUUUAAGUGGGAAGUGAUUGCGUUUCCAGUACCUAUUUCAAUGUGGGAUAAGAAGAAGAAGAAGUACUUGGUUGAAUCGCUCCGGGAGCUUCUUUUAGUCGAAAGGCAUGGGUCUACUUUUGUUGCGAAAGGUCAUUCAGAGGAGGACAUGCUCACGAAGGAAGUCAAGUUCAAGGUUUACAAGUUGGAUGGAAAUUGGAAGCAAUGGAUUGAGAUGGAGGGUUCAGAUUUGGAUGAUCGAAUGUUGGUUGUGGGGGAAGAUUGCUGCUUCUCAGUCUCCAGUAGAGACUUCCCAGGAUGCCAAGGAAAUUGUGUUUUAUUUUCUUAUGAAGUUUGGCGUGGUAAGACUAUCUUUAGUAAAAUUGGUGUGUUUCACUUGGAUGUUGGGACCGCUUCGCCACUGGAAGCCGGCACUAACAUCUUCCGUUCACCCCCAUUGAUCUAG